CUUCUGGGCUCAGAUCAGCGGCUGAGAGUGUAAUUCAGGAUCAGAAGCCCCUCCUGUCUGACAGUGACAUGAGAGCAGCAAAGUCACAAGCUGAGGAUCGCACCAGACUGUAAGGCCAAACCUUCCCAGGAAGCCCUGUGUUCCACAACUCCUGGCCAUAUACAGCAUGUCAUUAUCGGCAGUUCCUGUGACUUACUGAUUGGUCUCAAAGCUGUAAGCUACCUCUUAUGGGUAAACAACAUUAACUAAGAGAAUGAGACGUUUAAUAACCUAAGAAUUCAGCAGCUGACGAAUCGUCUUGCCUGUGUGGAAAAUCUGUAGGUGCCCCGGUUCCCCAAAUAAGGUUGGGACCCUAGGGAAACGCUACCUCAGAAUCUGCUGGAAUCUGCUGCUGGAAGCAUGACGGCACCAACAGCUGCCGGCUGGAAUAAAGGAGAGUCCGGAGCACUUCUCAGCAUGACAAACAGGGACUGCUGCUUGUCUUAAAGGCAGGAGGAGUAGGCGACUCAGUGGCUUCCCACCUUAUGUGGAUUUGAUUCCGGCACCCAGCUUCCUGAAUGGAGUUUGCAUGAAUGGAUGGAUGAAAUAAAUCAGUGUAGCCACUAGGGAGAGCCGUGAAAUAGCGCAAUAUAUUGUUUCUUCGGCCACAAAGUGGCGACAAAGAUCGGAAUAAGCGUUUGCGCUGGCGCUUCUUACAAGCCCUAAAUCAUUAAGGAAAAACUAACAACACGGAUUUUGUUUCCAUGAAACCGUCUUUGCUCCCGGUAUUUAGUUACACUUCGCAGCUAGAUUGUUAGACAAGCCUCUUUCACAGUUUCCGUAGUUUGUACAUAUUGUAUUUUUAGGAGCAAAGCCAGAUUCUCAUAUUAGAAUAAAUCCCGUGAAUGUUUCUAGUGCUUGUUUUAGUGCUUGUAAAAUUUUCAACGUUUGAAGUGGUCAGAGGCCAGCACAUUAACAGUUUAAUCUAUCAAACUAUCAGUUUUAAAAGCUUACGACUAGCAAACUACUACAGGUUGCUGUCGAGCUGUCAGUUCAAAGUGAAUAUGUAUAAACGCAGAAAAAAAUGAACGUGAAAGCGAUACUAUACAUAAAUCACCAUGUAUCUUUCAGUGAAAGUUACUUUCAAUAGCGAGCCACGCAAGACAUCAAAAGGGCGGAAAUUUAGAUUCAGGUAAACUAGGGCUGCUUCGGUUUAGCUCUCAGUCCACGCCCAGAUAUACAAUGCGAAAUAUAAAACCACAUGCGGAUUUACCGCCUGGGACUUACAGGUGAGAUGCUCAGAGGGAGCCCAUCUCCACUUAUUGCCUCAUCUUAACAUGCUGAAUGCAUAACAUUUAGAAAUCAACAGCCACUUCUUCUUACGUGGGCUUCAUUCUCAAGUCUUCAUCGCAAGCAGUUAUUAAAAUAGCAGAAUUCGCAGGGGACCGAUAAUACUGGCUGAAGAUCCAAUCGAGGGACAAUUUGUUCUUGAAAAAUGCACCAACAGGGACAGGAUGUGGGUGUCCGAAGUGAUGCUUUUUACCCCAGCGAUUGCUCGCCGCUGCCAGGAGAACCUGCUACGUCCAAAAGCGAACCAGACUCGCCGCUUUGCGCCUCCAGCCAGACGAAGAACUUGAGGGAAGACGACGCUUUGUCAGGGGAGACGCGAAACUCCCAAAAAGGUUGUAAAAUCUCAGAGCCUAAACCUGAGAAACGGUACUUAGGAGUCCGUGUGCGAAUGCCAGUCAGAGACAUGCUUAGACGGAUACGCAUCGCCAAGGGGGUGGACCCGGCAGCCCUGCAGGGCACCACAGGAAAGACGUCGAAAGGUUCAGGGGAAAAGAAACGGGUACCUUCAAGUGGAGAUCGCCGCAGCAGGGCGAAUAAAAAACAAAUCAAGAGCCUGGAGGACCUGGCCAUUAUCGUGGAAGUGUUAGAGGAAGACCUCAAAGCCAGCAAGAAGAGACACCCUGAAGGGGCCUUUUCAGCAGCCAUCUUCACUGGGUGGGAGGAAGACUGUAGGGGGGAGGAUUUCCCCUGUCAAAACCAAAUGUUCAAACACAGUCUUAGAUCAAGCCCAGCUGUGAUGCAGGAGAGCCCAACACCCUCAGAGGUCUCUCCAACAAGCCCCACAAAUCAAGCAUGGAGCUUCUCUCCAAAUCCAAUGAGCACAGAAGACAUGGUCCCCUCUCCCACCGUUUGGGGCAGCCUUUACAGUGACGACUCGGAGGAAAGGUUCCCCAGCCCCCAACCAGCCUUGCCCCCCCCAAACAGCCAUGCCAAAUGGCUGGGACCAUCACCCCCAAACUCCUCCCCUAACAGCCCCCAAGACCUCCGCGGGAAGCGUCUCCUGGAGCAGGGAGUCCUUCCCACCUGCUGGGCCAGUCAGUUGGCUGGUGACUGGGAUGGAAUGUCUUUUUUCUUGUUCCAGCUACAGAAGCAGGAGUCACUGCUAAGGGGAGUUGCUGAGGAGGAGCUCCUGGCCACGGAUGACAAGGGAAGAACACUGCUCCACGGCGCAGUGACCGAAGGGAAGAGAGCACUGGCCCAUGUGAUUGCCAGAAGAAUGGCAGCUGUAAACCAGCUGGACAUCAGAGAUUCAGGCGGAAAGACAGCGCUUCACCUGUCAGCCCAGAGGAACCAGCACUUAAUGGUGGCUGACCUGCUCUUCUUUGGUGCCAAUGUCAACCUAAGGGACAAGUCUGGGAAGACAUGCCUCCAUCUCAGUGCUGAAAAUGGCUACGUCAGAGUCCUGGAGGUUUUGAGACAAGCAGUACAUAACGGCAUGUAUUUGGACAUCGAAGCCAGAGAUGCAAACGGGAUGAGCGCGCUGCAGUGUGCCUUGAACGCACUGGAUGCAAACACAGGGGCUCUAGGGGGGAGUGUGGCCCCCAGCCAGAUGAGGCUGCACAUGCUGUGCAGGGAGCAGCUCCUGGACUCCCUGGAGUGUCUGCUGCACAUGGGGGCCGGCUGGCACGGCCCGGGCCCCGCCCAGAGCUGCGCACUCGCUGACCAUGAAGGGCAGCCGGCCCGUAGCUCCGUGUGGGUUCGGCCCACGGAGGGAGCCCUGCUGUAGGGGCACCAACCUGACACAGUGUGGGAGGUAAAUCCACAUUUUUUUCUGCCAAGAAAGGCAGCCCCGAGAACUGACAGUACACGUUUUUGAGUCGGCACAAGCCUGAGCACAUCUUGGAACAAAGGACCUUUUGGCCUGAGCAAGAACCCAUUAGCCUUCAAGAAAACCCACCUGCCAUUAACAGAGCAGUUCAGUUUGCAUGAUGCUCAUAUGCAGUUCCAAGGUAUGCCUCAGAUUUUGCGUAAUGCAACCAGAGUUAUGAAAGACAGGCACCUGGGGACAGACCCUAGGAUUCCGCUGACCUUUUGCAAGACUGGUUUCAUGUUAGUUGGUUUCUGUGAAACUUCCAUAGUUUGUUAAAUUAAUGCAGUAAAGUUGAAAAACUGAAAGUGUAGCGAGUCACUGGUUCAGUAAAGUGACCCAGAUGCAUACUAAUAUUUUUCUGCUUCUUGUCUGCAGACAGAUGAAGCAAUUUGAGUGAGUACAAAACUGAUGAUGAAUGCUUAUGCUGACAUUCAACAUAUACAGUUAAGCUUCAUUUGAAGUUUUCUAACUAUUUCCUGCAAUUUAUGAUGAUUAAACAAAGGUACUUCCUAAACAUAAACCUAUCAAAGUAUUUCCUAUGGGAUUGUUUAGGGAGUGUAGUUAGAUUCUUUGUACUUAUACGAGUAUCUACUUUUAGAAAUACAUUUAGUUUUAGGAAUGUUUACCAGCUGUCCAAGUAUUACAUGUUAUGAAACAUAUAGUUUUAGUUUGAGAAAUGCAUUAUUUUACCUAGACCAGGAUAAGCAGUGGAUGAAUAAAAAAAUAAACGGAAUUAAUUAUUUUACAGGGUUGCAUACGUAAACUGCGGCUAAGCACGCAGCCUUGCUAAAGUACCUGUAACAUUAUAUUUGUCGAACCUGUCAGACUGACGUAGCUCAAAUAAAGGACAAAAUGAAAAUAAAAAAGCUCUGGUUAA